AUACCCAGAGUUCCAUGCUUUUGGCAUAUGGCGAAAAAAAUGUAAACUUUUGAGAAACAAAUCCAAGUCAGUGAAAGACGAUGAAGCUGCGUCAAGAAAGAAAUUGUAUGCAUUUAUGAUUUAGGUAUAAUGAGUGCAAGAACUAGUUUCAGACCAUGGGAAUAUCGUAAAAUUGACGAAGCUCUUCUGCAACUGGCACUCAAUUUUCCUAACUACGAUAAAAAAAGUGACACUGUGACUGUCACUGACAAACAACAUCCUAUUUCCAGCAUGUCAGAUCGAGUGUCAGACAGUGAUGGUGAAGUGGUUGUAAAUGUGAAAAGUAAAGUUUGCUGUAAUUGUAAAGAAAUGUUUGACAGCCGUAAACAACUGAUAAAUCAUGAAAAGCUGUGUGGUCAAGAAAUUGAAGCUUCAGUUGGUUGUCCAAAUUGUCAAAAAUCUUUCUCACGAACUGAUAAUAUGAAGAGGCACUGGAGAUUAAAACAUGGUGGUGAAGAAAAAGAAAAACCAUCUCCUUCAAAAACAUGUAAAAUAUCCUCAAUGCAUGGACGCUCACUGUCUGCUGAUUCUGGAUGUGCAAAAUCUAAAACAAAAGUAUCUAGUCAAAGAAAGGAGCCUUUGACUAAAAAGUCGGAAAUAGGGACUGAACCAGGAAUAAGCAGUUCUAUAAGUUCAUUAAAAAAAGAAGAGAGAGCUGGUGUGACGAACAUUAUUAGAAAGAAACAAAGAGAAAGCAUGACACAAAAGUCUGAUAAGAAAAACACUUCUGUCAGAGCAAGAAGUUUAUCGCCUACAAAAUGUUCUAGUCAAAAGAGUAAGAUACAGUUUGAUAAGGGUUUAAAGAUCAGAAAUAAAACUUUACCAGUUGACAACAUUCAUUUGAAAUUUGAAUUUGAACCAGCUAAAACCCAGUCUGAUGAAAAUUGUAUUUCAACCUCAACUAAAAAAGUUCAUUCAAGAAGUAGAACUCUAUCUAGUGGAAGACCACAGCAAUUAUCAGAUAAAUGUGAUGGUUCAGAAAGUAAAAUUCUUUCUGUAGAAAAUACUUUAGGAAACAAAAGCUAUCAGUGUAGAAGCAAAACUCUAACUGAAGACUGUGGUUUAAAGUUAUCAGACAAACAUGCUCGAUCAAGAAGUAAAACACCGUCCGGAGACAAAAGUAAUAGAUCAAGGUGUAAAACACCGUCGGGAGACAAAAGUAAUAGAUCAAGGUGUAAAACUCCAUCUGGAGACUCUGUUCUGCAGUCCUCUGACAAAAGUAAUCGAUCAAAAAGUGCUACCUCAAAAAAUGAGACACCUUCUGCUCCAAGAAAUUUCCCCACAUAUGACAGUGCUAAUUUAAAAGUAAUAACUCCAACAGAAAACAGUGCUUCAACAAGAAAUAAAAUGACAUCACACGCUAGAAGUCCAGCAAGUGGUAGUGUUACAUCAAAUUCUAAAAUAUCAAUUUAUGUGGAUGAAGCUGGUGAUAGAAAAAUAUCUCCUGGCAAAAAAGAGACUUCUAAGCAAAAUAUCUUGUCUCCAAUAAAGGCAGUGAUUACUAAGAAGACAGCUAAACAUCAUGAUGGUAUGACAUCUCCAGGCAAAAGAGAAAUGGACAAACAAACUCCUAAACAAAAUGUGGAUAUAACAUCUCCAAAGAGGAAGACUAUCAAACCAAUGCUUAAAGUAGAAGUUUCUACACCUUCUGGGCAUGUAUCAAAAAUGACAUUCAAUUGUAAAUUAUGUCCCAAGUCAUUUACAACAAGAAUGGGCUACAGACAGCAUUGCAAAAGAUCUCAUAAAAUUGAUGUUGACCUAAAUGAUUCCAUGAAUGAGAAAUUAGAGAUUACACAAAGUCCAGAUAUUAAACAGGAGUAUAUAACAUCAAAGUCUGGAAAGAAAAGAAAAAAACCAAUACCAGGAAUAUGUAAAGUAUGUGGAGAAAUUUCUACAGGGAAACAUUAUGGUGUGGAAAGUUGUCGUUCUUGCAAUGAUUUCUUUUAUAAGAGGUAUAUUAAGGAGAAGAAUUUGGACAACGGUCUUCAGUGUUAUUUAGAAAAAACCUGUGUAAUGGACAGAAACAACAGACAUUCUUGCGAUUACUGUAGACUUCAAAAAUGUCUGGCAGUUGGCAUGUCAAAACAAGGAAAUCUCAGAACAACUGCAGAGCCAGGGUUAGACUACUUAAAGUGUGAUUUUUGUAGUAGAAUUUUCAUUGGUCCUUUUGCUAACCAUAGUAAAAACCGGCAUUACAGGCAUAUUCAUUCAGGCAUAAAAAACAGAUUAAGGAAAACCAAAUCACUGAUAAAUUUUUUUCAAUGUCAUCUAUGUGGUGUAAGGUUUCUGUCCAAAGAUAGCAUGAACAAACAUAACGAAAGAAAACAUUUCGGACAGAAUAGAGACUUGAAAUGUAAUCUUUGUGGUAAACAGUACAUACUGAAAACUAGCUUAUGGCAACAUUGCCUUACAGUGCAUAAAGGUAAAAAUUUGUCAGAUAAGUGGACGAAAGUUGAAGCAAUUGAGCAAAAUGAACAGCUAGAACUCCCUGGAAAUAUUAAUUGGAUAUUAGCUCAAAACCCGAAUCAAUGUAUUGAUGUUCAAGAAAACCUUAUUGAUACAAAAGUUGAUUUUAAGAAAAUUUUACCGACAGAAUUGCCACAAAAAGUUGUAAGGAAAUCAAUGCAUAAUCUUAAGAUGAACAAGACUAAUGAUAAACAACAUGAAAACAUGGAGACAGAAAAAGAAGUAAUGUGUAAUAAACCGACAGGAUUAUUCUCAACGUCUACUACUGAAGCAUCAACAAAUCGUCGGGUCAGAACUAAGAAACUCAAAUCUGUUCAAAAAGUUUUAUCAGUCAAGACAAAAACUAAGAAAGGCAUACUUAAAAGCAAAAAACUAAAAAAGAAUAAGUUUAAAAAAUUACAAAAUCACAAGCAAUUGACAGUCAUGUCAAAAUAUGAGCUAAGAAACAAACUGUUGUCUGAGGUUAAGCUAAAAGGAAAAAUCAAGUCAAUAAAGAAACCAUCAGAAGGCAUACCAAAAACAUUGUCUGAAUCAUUGGAAGGCAUACCAAAAACAUUGUCUGAAUCAUUGGCAGGCAAACCAAAAACAUUGUCAGAAUCAAAACUAGAACCGAGUGAGAGGAAACCUCACAAUAGUUUAAAGGAAAACAUCAUGUUGAAGGAUGUUAAAAUUCUGGUUAAGAAAUUUGUCCCAUUACCUCCAGUCAUUGACAAAUCUGAAAGGCAAAAUGAGACAAUUUCAAACAAUUUUGAUCAAAAUGGGGAAAAAGGUGAAUUGCCCCAAUUAACAGGAAAAAUUGAUAAAAUUUCUGAUAAGGUCUCCGUUUUGAUAGAUAGCAACAAGGAUACAAUAGAUAAGGAAGAAGAUGAAAAAACUCUUAAAAAUAUGUCAUUGUUAUUGAGUGGAACACACAAGGACAGUCUGCAUGAAAGACUCAUAAUUCCUUAUAGUGAGAAAAGUCCACAAGGAAGGAUAGAUAAUAAGUAUAAGGGUUUAAAGAUUACACUACCGUCAUCUGGUGAAGGUAGAAUUGUAAGGAAUGAAGAAAAUCUUGAAGGGACAGAGUUCGAGAAAAGUCACAAAGUCUUAAAAAAUCAGAAAGAUUUUGUGAAUUUUAAGAUUACGUUGCAAACUAGAAGUGAAUGUAGAACUGUAAUGAGUGCUAAUAAAUCUAGUGUUGGAAAUAGAUCUGAAGCAAAAGGUCUUGAUGGAAGUGAUAAAACUAAAGAAAACAAUAUAAUUCAAGAAAAAAGUCUGUUAGAGUCUGAAACUGAGAAUGAGACUGAAAACCAUAAUUGUCCAACUGAUAAAAAUGCGAAAGAGACUGAAAGUACAGUUGGAACUGAACAAGAUUUGAGUAAUAAUACUUCAAAUUCUGUUCAAGAACCCGAAAAACUGGCGGAAAAAUCAAAAAUUAAAACCAGCAAGCGAUCAAGAUUAGAGAGUCAUAUUAUGGAACCAUUAGGAACUAAACCAUCUGAAGUUGAACCUGUAAAACUUUUAGGAAAAACUUGCAUUAGUAUAAAUUCCCCUAAGGCUUUACGUGAGCAACAAGAACAUUCAAAAACUUUAAACAAUAAGAAUUUGGACAAUUUAAAAGCAGUUGAUAAAAAAUCAAAAAUUUCUAGAGCAUCUUUGACAAGAAGAUUUGAACGUGCACAUAUGCAUUCAGAGCACCAAGACCAUGAUGACAAUACACUAGAUAGUUCAGAGGUAGAUGAACAACUAGAGCAAAAACAAAACACUGUAUCACAGAAAGAUGACAUUCAGAAAGAUGCAAGACAGCAGUACAAUAAAUCUAAGCGACGGUCACCAAAAGUUUUAUUAGAAAAACUUUCAAUAAGUGAAUCUGAACAGACAGUCAAUAUCAGUAGCAUGCCACUAUUGAAAGAUCGGUACACUAGAGUCACUGAAAUUGAGAACGUAUGUGCCUCUGGUAGAAAUUUAGAUCCAUUAUUUGGGGUUAAAUCAAGUAGCAUUGAGGGGGAAAUCAGCGAGGACGAAGAAUAUGAUGAAGAAAGGGCAGCAAUUGUAGCACAGCAGAUUGCUGACUUGAAGGAUAUAGUCCUUUCAAGGAGGAGUAGAAAGUUCGGUGGUACCAAAGGUGAGAGCAUAAAGCCACAAAAUGAAAAGAAAAAUAUGAUUCCUAUUGAAAAAACAGACAGUUCAACAGAUGUGUUGAAAAAUGAAGCAGAAAAAUUGGAAGAAAAUGAUACCUCAGCACUGUUGUUUGGUAAAAGAAAAGAGAUCUCAGAAAUUGAAAAUGAAAAACAAGCAUCCAUUACAGAAUCUAAAUCAGAAAAGCAUGAUGAUAACUGUGAUUUGACAGAACAAAACACAAAAAGAAUAAGUUCUGAUAAAGGACAAAAAAUAUCGGAGGGAUGUGGUAGUGGUUUGCACUUACAUUCAGAAAUUGACUCUAAUCUGCAUUUAAUAAGGAAUUCUAGUGGAGAAGAGAAAUCCAUGUGUCAAAUAAAAUUACCAGAUGAGAUUUCUAAUUCUAAGAAGAGUUCUGUUGUCAGGAAUUCAUUUGAUUUGUCUGUUAAUGAAUUAGUUAAUUCAACUCCAGAUCUUCUCAACAACUCGAAAGAAGUAAGUGGUAAAGAGAAAAAGAAAAGAGGACGUAAAAGAAAAUCUGCUGACACUGAAAGAAUAAGUGAUGAUAAACUUACAAAUUCUGCAGAUGAGUCCUUAUCUUCUUCUGAGAAAAUUGUAAACAAAAAAGGAAAUCCAGGGAAAGGGAAAAUAGCCAAAACUGGAAUUCCAUUGAAAGUUAAAUGGACAAAGAAGAAACCAAGUGAAGUGCAGAAAAAUGUUGAAAAACAAACUGAACAAGAAAAUGUUAUUCAACAAGUAGAAAUUAAGGAGAGUUUUACACAAAAUUUACCAGAAAAUGUUUUGAAAGUUGAAUUAGAACAAUCAUCUGCAUCAGAAAAUGAAGGACAAAAGAAAUCAGAUGAUCAGAAUGAUAUUGAAUACAAGGAAAAAGAACUCCAAAAACUGGGGAAAGAGAUGAAAAGGUCAUAUGGAAGAGCUGGCAUACUGGUUAGUGAAGAGAAAACAGAUGAGGUAGAUAGUGCAUUAAGGUUAGAGAAUGUUUUACAGAGCAAGAAAAAAGGAAAGGAAAGUGCAGAGAGGCCACCGGUGUCCUUGGAUAUUAAUGAAGAGAACAAACUAGUAAGUUUGGAACAGGAUAAUAAUGAGGAAGAAAUUGGGGAAGCCUCAAGCCAGAUAGAUGAGAAAGACAAUCAGCUGCAAGCUCAGUUAGAACCUGCUGAAAUAGAUGAUUCUUGUCAUCCACAAAUAGAUACUAUUGAUAUAAUUACAAAACCAAACAAAAAAGGGAAAUCAAAGACAGCAAAAACAGAAAAACAUCAUUUGAGAAAUCUACCAUCUCGUGGUAAGCAGAAGCAUCCAACAAUGAUUUCUAGGAGGAAAAGAAAUUUAAUUAUCAAUUCUAACUUGGAUUUAUUACUGGAUGGUAAUCAGAAUGUAUUGCCAAAUUCCAGAACUCUUGAAAGCUUUCUUACUGGUGUCAAUGUAAAUGGAUCACCACCACCAGCACAUUCUCCAGAAAUGAGUGAAAUAAGAACAGAAGUCGCAGAGGAAUCCUCACAAAAGAUACGACAUCCCAGUGACAACACUGUAGUAUAUUGUGUGGAUCAAAACAGUGAUAUCAGUGAACAUUCAACGGAGACCGUGGAACAUCAAGAAAAUGAUGAUAACAAAGAUCUAUGUACCAAUACUAGUUAUGUAGAAUUUGUAACACCAGUUGAAAACGUCUUUACCAAAGACUAUGAAUCGGUUACACAAAAGGAACAAGGGGUUAUUGAAGGUCAUGAAGCUCUUUUUCAAAGUGAAUGCAAGGUUACAAAGGAUGAUGAAUCCCUUCAACGAGAUGAACAUUUGAUUACUAAGAAUAAUGAAUUAGAUAUUCCAGAUGAAUCUGUGGUUUCAAAGGGUGAUGAUUUCAUUCCACAGGAUGAACAUUUGAUUAGGAAGAAUAAUGAGCUUAACCAGAAGUAUGAAUCCGUUAGACUUGAUGAAUCAGCUGUUUUAACUAAAAACUGUGAAUCCAGUUCACCAUAUGUACCUAAGGCUUCUGAUUGUGAUGAAUCUAGUCAAUAUUUUAAAAUACUCAGAUUAAAUAAGAACCCAUUUUUCUCUGACAAAAAACUUGUUCCUGUAGAAACAGCUGAGGAGCAAAUAGAUAAUGAAGACGAAGAGCUUUCUUCUGAAUUUCCCAAAAUUAUUCGUUACAUUAAUGAUGAAACUGAGUUAUCAGAGAGAGAAAAUGGAUUUGUUACUCCAUCACUUCAUAAUUGGGAGGACAUGUUUCCAGAAAUGUUGGCUUUGCUGAAGAAGAAUGGAAAUGGCUCAAAAGAUCUAACUGUAGCUUUUGAAGAUAUUGUAGUAACUGAAAAAUCUGAGGAUUGUUUUGAGAUUGAUUAUGGCCUAAAAGAGUGUUCUUCAGAUUUUCUUGCUUUGAAACAGUAUUUAGGGGGAAGAAAUUGGAAGAAUUAUGUUUGUGAACUGUGCGAGGAAAUCUUUCACGGCCAUUUAAAAUUCUUAGAUCAUAAAGAACAUGGGAACUGUGCUGCUCACUUUCCAAAAACUGAUACAUCUUACUCAAAAUCACCAUUAAGUCAUUUGAUUACUGAUUCAGUACUAGAUAAUGAUAUUGACCUUUCAAAACAAUUUGUAUGCAACCUCUGUGGUCUACGUUACAAAUUGAGGAAAAGUCUUAUUCGUCACAAGAAAACUCGACAUGCAACAGAAGAGGAAAGUCAUAAACCUGGAAGUGAAAAAUCUAACAUACAAAAUGUUUCCAAGAAAAAAACUGACAAUGUGAGCAAAUUGAAGAAAAGAAUCCAGAAUUUAAAUAACACAAUCUCCAAAGAAAAGAACUGUAUCGAAAAAUUGCCCUCAGAUGACAUAUCAGACGUUCAGAAUUCUUCAGUCACUGAAGGGGAAGAACAGUCAUCAUUUGUUACAAUUGAUAAUUGGGAAUUAAAUAGUUCUAGUUAUAUGGACAUGGUUCAAUACAUUGCAGAACCUGUAUCCGACUUGGAACCAGAUACAACACUGGUACAAAGUGAUAUUAAUGAAUCAGUAGGUCAUGAAAAUUUAAUUGACGACAGCUAUCAGAAUGUUGACAACUCUACGGAAGUUUAUCCAAGUGAAGAAGAUGGUGAUGAUAACCAGGAAAUUACAGGGAUUGAAGAAGAUGGAAUGGAAUCAGAUAAUCUGGAAGAGCAGAUGACACCAGAUCAGAAUGGAUAUGAGGAAAAUGUUGAGGAUGGUUCUCCUAGAAGGACACUUCAGUUUACCAAUGAAGAACCAACAUCAAUGUCCCAUAUAAUGACCUUCAGUGAAAUGAAAAGACAGUUUCCAUAUAUCUUUAAAGAAUUCAAUAUUUGUUUGGAGAGAAUUUACAUAGAGGAUGACAUUUUACAUGUGGGAAAUUUAAUGCUGAAAAAAACUGGAAAGUAUCGAUGGAAAAUAUCAUGUGGAGAGUCUGUACUUCCUACUGCAGAAAGUGAGGAAAAUACUCCAGUCAUUCAGACAAAUGAUUUUGAUGUAAAUUUUCCUACUUAUGAAAUAGAUUACCCAGUGGCAAACAGCAUAACAGAUGAUUAUGCAACCAGCUUUUCUAGUCAAUUGGAUUACAAUUCAGAUAAAAGUUUGAAAAAAGAAACUGUUCAGACAAAGCCAAAGCAGUCAAAAGAAAAGAAACCUCAAAUCCAAAGUCUACAAUCUAGUCCAAACAAAAAUCUAACUGAUUUUGAAAAAGCUAUAUCUAAACCAAAGGAAAUUAAAAAGAAAAGGAAGUUAGAUAGAACACCUUCUAAAGAGGAUUCCAAUAGUCGCGACGGUAUUGACUUCUUCAAGAAAGCAAGUGAACGUGGUAGUAUAAGUCAAAAUGAUAAUUAUUUUAUGUCUUCCAAAAUAGCUCAGUCAAUACUGAAAAAAAGGGCAAAGGAAUCUGAAGAAGAACGCUUGCCAAUUAAACCUUGUACAAUAGAGGAUAUCGAACCAUUUGAAACUGUUCUUGCUUCAAAAGAUAAAAAGAAUAGUGGCAAGAAAAGUCCUGUGAAAAAGAAAAAGCAGUCUGAGAAUAAAAAGGAAUCAGUUACUAUGUCAAUGUGUGAGAUAUCAGAUAGUCAUUUUACCAGCGAUAUGAAUGAUGGUUCAGAUAUAGGGUCUAUGGCAAGGGAGGUAAUCGAUUCAGACACUUCUUUACAGGAUAUAUCAAGUAUGAGUUCAUUUACAGUAAAUGCAACGUCAACUCCUUUAGACGACAAACUUGCUUCAAAACUCAAACAGAAAAGUUUAUCAGAUAGAUUUGGUGCUUUCAACAACUCAAACCAAGACAGAAGUAUCGGAUUAGAAAUUUCUGACACAGCCGUUAAGGAUUUUAAAAGUAUGAGUUCAGAAGAGGUGAUGAAAUCAAUGUUUGGUAGUUGUCUGGUAAAAUUUGACAAAAAGUUCAGAAAACAGCCAGGACAUGAACACGAAAAAGACAAGAAUAUGAGUAUUAAAUCACCAUUAGAAUCAAUCAAUAGGACUGUCAAUGUUAAAUUUGGUAAUCGACCUGUUACAGAUCUGAAACAAAGAGUGGUAAUAGCGGCUGAUGAAAAAACACCUGUUAGUAAGAAGAAACAUUUACUGAGCAUGUUGAGAGGAAUGGACUGUCCUACAGGAAAGUCACUACAUGGUGACAUUUCCUUGACUUCUCCCAAGGAUACUGGUGUUUUUUCUGAUAGUCAGUCAUAUAGAACAGUUAUUAUAGAUAAAGGGAGAGAUAAUGAUGUUAGAUCAAUUGAUACUGAAGCAAGUCCACAUCAAGGAUUAUUCAACAAUACUUCAUAUCUUGUAAAACCAAUAUCAAAGCAGAUUAACUCUGGAAUGGUGUCUUUAUCAACAGAAGUUUUACAAAAAUCAAAUAUGUCUGAUAAUCUGUCAGAAAAAUCAAAUUUGUCGUCUCGUUCAAAAACAGAUGGGCAAACUAUAUCAGCAAACUUACAAAAAUCAAAUGUAUUGGAUAAUGCAUCAUUGAAAUCAGACUUGUCAGCAUGUUCCAAAAAAUCUGAGACAAAAAGUAUUUCAUCAUCACAUUCAUCAUCUAACAUGGCUGACAUCACAAUAAAACUUCAGCAGACAGAAAGUUCAUGGGUAGAGAAAAGGAAUGACAACAAGAUCUCUAGUGAGAAUAGAACUCCAUUGUCAGAGGACAUGAAUAUGCAAGAUGAUAAUGAAAGUGAUACUUCUGAUAAGUUUAAAAGGGUCGAAGAAGGGUCAAUUUCUUCAAAACAUUCAAACAGUACUGAUCAUUCUUUUCGGAGAAAGUGUCUAUCAAUUGAAUCCGAAAAUACACCAAGAAAGAGAAUAAAACUUUCACGGUUACCUAUUCAAGAGCCUCAGUUUAGAACUGAAGAAGAAUCUCACAGUGCAGUUGCUCAUGAUUUGUUACAAUCAGCUAGAUUGAAAGAAUCACAACCAGAUCAGCUUAGCAUCAAAACAGCUGAUAGUAUAGAGGAAAUGGAAACAGAACAUGAUGACAAUAGUGUAGAUUUAGGAACCGUAGAUGAACAGGAUUCCUUUGGUCUGUAUGGUGAAGGGCAGAAUGAAAAUUUGACGUCAGAAUUGGAACCGGAAAAAAUAACAUCCAAUGAAUGUCGGAAUAUUAUUCAAAAGACAAUGGUUGAUGAGAAUCUAGAUUUAAACAUAAAAAUCAACAAAGAUACAGAAAAAGUAGGAAGACUUGAUGAGUUACAAGGGGAUUUGUCCCUGUUGAAAAUCAACAAAGAUAUAGAGAAAGUAGGCAGACUUAAUGAGUUAGAAGGGAAUUUGUCCCCAAUUAGUUCAGUGAAUACUGGAGAAUUUGACACAGUCUUAAACAGUGAUCAAGAUGAAAAGGUUGACGAAAAGAACAAAGAAACAAGGGACAAUGAAAGAGAAGAACAGAGAGAGAGUGACAGUGAUAGUGACAAGAAAAGCCAAAGUGAUGAUGAGAGCAUAGAUGAAAGUGACAGUGACGAAGACAGUGAAAGCAGUGAUAGCGAAGUCAGUUCUGAAGAGGAUAGUAAUGAAAGUGGGGAGGAAAAAUCUGAAGCGGAAGAAGGAGAAGAUAUGUUUAGUACUAACACUCAUAAAGAGAAUGCAGGUUCAAUAAGAGACUACAACGCAGAAGAUGAUGCUAUAUCUAUAAUUGAUUAUGAUUGUGAGACUGCCUCAUUCCUGAUAGCACCACAGGAGGAAGAAGAGGAAAGGAUGACAGAAGUAGAUACAGAACUAAAUGAGACAGGAAAAUGUGACAGUCAUGAGAAGGAAUUGCCUCCAUCAGAUACUGCAAAACAGGAAUCUCAUGAAGCAGACAAGAAUCCAGCAAAGCGAUUACCAAAGAGUGUGGUGUAUCCAUCAGGAUAUUGCUUUGUUUUCCUUGGAGGUGGUAUUUGUGUCAACAGAAAGUGUCAGUUCAAACAUCAUGUGCCUUUACCAAUUGACACUUACUAUGCUUGUGUAAAGGAAAUAAAUAUGGCAUACCAGAAUCAUGAUGUAAAAAGGGCUUUUGAUGUAUACCAUUGUUUGAUUAAUACCAAAGUAGGCUUGACUCCUAGAGAUACACUGAUGAAGUUGUUGAAAGUAGCUGAGGACAAUUACAAAGUGGAGUUAGCUUUUAGCUUGUUAGAUGAGAUGAAUUCACAGGACAUGAUAACCAAAGAAGUUUGUGACGUCCUGUUUCGACUGGUUGGAAAGAAAGUUGAGUAUUACUGGGAGUAUUUAUGGAGACUAUUUGACAUGAUUAAUAAGUCAAAGAGAGACCUUUUAACACCAGAUUCUAUUGGUGUACUACUCAGGUCAUUUUCAAGCCAGGAAGACUUGAGGUACCUGUGGCAGGUUGUGAUCUAUGCCAAGUCGGCAAAUUUUCCUACAGCUGCUAAUGAGUUGCAGUUCAUGUUAUUACAUAGAUCAAUGCAGAAUAUUAAUUUGUACUAUCAGUAUAUAGACAAAUGGGUCCAGUUGUGUGAACCACACCUUCUACAACAGUUGGAUGAAAAUUUGAGGAAAAGUUUAAUCCAUCUGUUCCAAGCAAGAAGACAGCAACUUUGCCUGAAGAAAUUAGAGGAAUCUUUGAAAUAUGCAAAUUUCCAACAACAAGUGGAUGACUCUUUUGAUACUUCAAGACUGAUAGAGGAAGGUGAAGUAGUUUUAAAAGACAGCAUUAAAACAACCGACAAUUAUAAAGCCUUAUAUCAUAAAAUACAGAGUUGUUACCACACAAAGAACUGGACAUUAUUAGGAGAAACAUUUGUAGAACUGUGUCAGCAGGGAGAGCUGGAUAACUCUUACUACAUAGAUGCCUAUGGUGUGGUGUUCCUGACAAAUGUGAAAAAUUCAGCUGUAUUGGUUGAUGCUUUCAAUAAAUUCAUGCUUCACUUAUCAAGGCAAUACCAACAAGAAUCACAAGAUGAUGUUCUUGCCAAAUUUGAUGGAAGGUCCAUAUCUUAUAUUGGUAACCGACUGUUGUACUUUUGUGAAGACAAGAAAUGGUGGAUGGAUGGACACAAGAUAAUGAAAAUUCUUAUUCGAUAUUCUGUACCAUUUUAUCAAUAUUCAGAAUCUGGGAAACCAUUAUCGUGUAUAACAGCCAUUAAUAUUUGUCUGAAAGUAAAAGACUUUGGAACCGCAUAUAACAUACAUCUUCAUUAUGGUUGGGAGGCACAGGCCAGGAUGAGUCUUCAGCAGUUAAAGCAAGAAAUUUCCAUUUUACAUGAACUGUUUGACCAGCUUUUGACUAGCACAAAACCCAGGGAAGCCUUAAAAGUGUUAGGAAGUUGUUUUGAUAUCAUUGAAAACAAUCCUGAGUUGAACGAACAUUUUGAUUUCAUAGAAGAUCUGAACAGACUUAUCAUAGGAGCAUUAGAAUGUGGGGAUUUUCAUGCUGGUUGCUGGACAUUUAAAGUCCAUUCCCAGGCAAAUGUAUCCAGAGAUCUAGACAGGAGGACAAUAAGGGCAUUACUGACUGCUUGUGGGGAAAAUAAUUAUCUCGUUGAAGCCAAAGAACUUUACAAGAUUUGCAAGGCUAAAUCGGCAUAUCCAAUGCAAAGUAUUGAAGCUCCACGGACAAUUCAUCUAACUUCUGUUAUGACCUAUGUUGAAAUCAAAUUAGAAGUAGAGUCUUAUUUAGAAUGGGUUUAUCGUCAUCUGUGUGACAUACAGAUGGAUGGUAAUGUUUUGGAGGUCAAACAUUUCUUCAUUCGUGUGCAAUUGGAAUGGAUCAGUGACCCAGUGGCAUAUAAAAUGCCAUACUUGUGUCGUGUGCCAAGAACAGAAAUGGCUGCUAAUAACAUGGUAUUGAGCUUGUUCUUAGAGGAGUUUGGAAUGGGUGGUAGGAUAGAAUAUGAAAAUCAAAAGUACUAUAUUUACAUUUUGUGGGAUCAUGUGAGAAAAUACUUGGAAAAGUUAGAUGCACAGGGUCGGCGUCAAGGAUUUAGGAUGCGAGGAGCCUACAAUAGACCAGCCUUAAAAGGAUUGUAAAUUAAAGAAAUUUAGAUAUACCUCUGACUUCCAAAAUAUGAAUAAAGAGAAGCCCAAUGGUAUCAAGAAAACCAUGUACCAGCAGUGAAAGCCAUUGGAGCUGUGUAGCGAUGUAAAAGUUACAAUCAUGAAAAAAUGAUGGCAUGGUCUUUGACCAUAUUGUUUAUAUGUAAAUAUGUCAAACAGAGGAAAUUUGUCUAUGUAGAGCUACAUAAUCUCUCUGCAAAUAUAUAAAAUUAACACUCUUAGAAAACACAAUAUAAAAUUCAAUCUGCCUAGAACUUUCAUGGUAGCACAGAUCAUCAUUUGAAAGCUAGAUGUAAUGGGAUUAAAGAUGUGUUGAAAAUCAAUAUUCUUGAUAAUUGAUUAAGAUGUUCAUAUGUGCUAUAUUUGUUUAGAGAGUUUAAGUAUCAUGAUGAAUAUAAUGAACAUUCAAGAUAUCAUGUGCUACCUACAACAAAUAAUAGUUAAGGUGCUUCUUACUCAAACUGUUAGUAAUAUGAAGUUUUUGUUUCCAAAUGAAUUUAGUAUGCUCGCAAAUUUGUGUUUUGUUUGAAUUGUUAAAUGUAUCAUUUGUGAUAUAUGAGAAAAAAAUGUUUUUUAUUUGUUCGAAGUUGAUUUCUCUAUUCAGUGAUUUUGCUUUAAAACAUGAUGAACAGAAAAUGUUUGUUUCUAAGAUAUAUUUUUUUCCAAAAAAUUCAUAAUGCAUUUUAUAAAAAUUUUAGAUCAAUUUGAUGAAAAGCAUACAUCAAACCUGAUAACUUUAAACUAAUAAAAUAAAUUCACCUUCUAGAUGUAGCAAAUAAUCCAUAAUUCUUCACAAUGUUAUAUAAGAUGCAAUCAGACUAUGAUUGUAUCAUAGAUAAUAUUCACAAUAUAAAAGUCUGCUCAGAUUUAAACUUUCUCCUUACAAAAUGUUUAAAGUGUGAUAUUCAGCCUGACAUUUUGUUUUGGAAAUAGGAAUUGUGAUAGAUAAAUUAUACAGCUUUAGAAAAAGAUGCAAGUAAUGGUAUUUUAAAAUUUUGUAAUGAUUUGACUUGGUUAUUAAUUAGUCUUAUAAAAAAAAACACAGUUGAAUUUAUUUGAUAUAUUUGUCCCCACAACUGCCAAUUUUUGUUGAAUAUACUAUUGAAGCUGAAACGUUUCUCUUAUUUCAAAGUACAGAUUAAAUAAUCAAGUUCAGUUAUCAUGGUAAAAAAAUCCAGUUUUUUGUUUAUAAUGAGAAAAUGUGAUAAUGUUUUGCAUUUAGACCAUAAGGGUAAAUAUAAAACCAGCACAUUUAAAAGGAAAUACCUGGGGAAAAUAUAAAUAUUAUGUUAUGUAAGUCUGAUUACCAUUGCGUUUGAUAUUAUUGUUUUGUUUUAUUUUAUUUGAUGUUUUAAUUGAUCACUGCCAAGAUAUGGUAUCAUUACACAAGAUGUCUUAUUUGUCUUACACAGAUACAUUAUCAGUGAUAUGUACUGAUACAAUUGUGUCAUUUUGAGUCUUGCACAUUAAUUUUGUUAUGGUCUUGUGAAAUGAUCAUGGUUAUUAUCACACCUCGGGUAAAUUAUGACGUUAUGAUUGGUUUAAUGCUGUCACGUGGUGACCCCCUAUGGAUCUGUAAGGGGUCAGUAGAUUUUAUAUGGGGUUUAUGACAUUACAUUAACUAUUAAUGGUGACGUCAUUGAUGAAUGUUUUUGUAUUUCAUUGCUUAUUUUCAUACAUAACUUAGCAGGAAAAGUCCUGUGUGCGAUAAAUUCGUUAUACAGUUCACUACUGACCCCAUACGGAUCCAUAGAGAGUUUUAGUAAAAUCCAUAGAUUUGGCCUUCAGCUUCACCCCUAUGGAUUGUACUAACCCUCUAUGGAUCCGUAUGGGGUCAGUCGCAAAGCAUAUAAUUUAUAGUAUUUUUCUCGUCUGCCAAAAAUGUUGUUUUAUAACAGACCGAUAACUUUUGUAGUCAGUAUCAUAAUAUAGGGUCUAUUCCAGUGGAUGCAUUUACAAAGAACAAUUUUGAACCCAUGCUGAAGAAAUAUGUUGGAUGUGUUCAUAGAGAUGAAAUUGCAGGAUAACUUGUUUAAAAUAUUAAUAUUAAAAUUGAAGAGAAAGAAAAGAAGCCACAUAGCACAAAGAAAGCAAUGCUAGUUUCAGAUUAUUCUUUUUAAAUGUAUUGUUCAAGAACUACUAGUCAGCAUUUUUAUUGUAAAUAUAAAAUUGCAUAAAAGGCAUCACGAUUUCCCAUUUUGUUGUUGAUACCUUUCAGCAUUUAUAUGGUGCUAAUUUCAUUGUCUGUGUAAGAUGCAAUGAUUGAUCAGAUGUAAGAUUUUUUUAUCUUUAUUUUCCAUUAAAAAUGCUUUUUA